AUGGAACUUCGCGAGAUGAAAGACAAAUGGAAGUUGAAAGUUAGCCCCUAUGGAUACGCUCUGUUAGAUGUACCAAGCCCGUGGACACUAAUUGGUCGUGAUUUCAUAAAUCCCUUCACAAGGUUUUAUUUAGAGGGAUACCUUCAAACUGUCCUUACCACCGACUUAAGCCUUAUCGUUUACAACUAUUUGGUCAAUAAAACCACCGAUAAAGAAAUAAGCCACAAGGUCAGCUACCGGAUUUUGUCAAAGUUCUUUGAAAUGUCUGCGAUGGCUGGAGGGGUAUGACUAACUUUUUGUUUGUUUGUUUGUUUGUUUGUUUAUUGAUUACUACUACUACUACUACUACUACUACUACUACUUCUACUACUACUACAUACUACUGGCAACUAGAUACACAUAUGACUCUAUAGUUUGUUGGGUCACUCUUGUCACCCGAUUUGUAGAUUGGGCUUAUAAGGCCCUGACACCAAAUAUCUAGUAUUUUUCCACAUUGUAAAAUGAGGUUAAAAGUUUGAUGUAAACAGGCAGAAGCGAUUCAAGGCUCGAUUUGAUCAUUUCGUUUCUCAUUUGGUCAAAGAAAAGAGAUUUCUUAUUUUUCAAUUUCUUCACUGCUUGACGUAUUUCUUGCUCGCUUAUCUCAUGAUCUAAUUAGUUAAGUUUUUCUUGAUCUUUUUCUAAUGACUGUAGCUCAGUAUAGAUUUUGCCCAUUGUGCAAAUCAAAUCAAAUAGAAAAUGAAAAUAAUUUCUUGUUUCAGUGCAAUAGAUGCACUUUGCAGUGACAAAAUUUCUUAAAUCGAAUCAAAGAAAUAAUACCUGACAUUGAAAGAAAAUCAACCUACGAAAGCUUAAACCUUCUCAUGAAUUCUAAUGACCGCAGCGUAACUGAGAUAGUCAUAAAGUUUAUAUCCACAUGUAUAAAUAUACGUGAUACAUUAUUGAUAUCAAAUAAAAGAGAUGUAACUAAGAAGAAUAUUCGAGUAUUAUUAGCCUUAUUUUGUUAUUAAUCGGUUUUCCUUUUGCAACACUGUAAAACGUUAUGGUCAUGCAAAUAAAGCUUAUUACUACUACUACUAGUACUACUACUACUACUACUACUACUACUACUGCUGCUAAUAUUACUACUACUACUGCUGCUGCUAAUAUUACUACUACUACUACUGCUGCUAAUAUUACUACUACUACUGCUGCUGCUGCUGCUCCUCCUCCUCCUACUACUACUACUGCUAGUACUAGUACUACCGCUACUACUAAUAUUACUACUACUACUACUACUACUACUACUACUACUACUACUACUGCUGCUGCUGCUGCUGCUGCUCCUCCUCCUACUACUACUACUACUACUACUACUACUACUACUACUAGUACUACUUCUACUAAUAUUACUACUACUACCACUGCUACUACUACUACUACUACUACUACUACUACUACUUCUACUACUAGUACUACUACUCCUACUACUACUAGUACUACUACUACUAAUAUUACUACUACUACUACUACUACUACUACUACUACUACUAGUACUACUUCUACUAAUAUUACUACUACUACCACUGCUACUAGUACUACUACUACUACUACUACUACUACUACUACUUCUACUACUAGUACUACUACUCCUACUACUACUAGUACUACUACUACUAAUAUUACUACUACUACUACUACUACUACUACUACUACUACUACUACUUCUACUUAUACUGCUGCUGCUGCUCCUCCUCCUACUACUACUACUACUACUACUAGUGCUAUUACUACUACUACUACUACUAGUACUCUAUCCACCUCUGUAGCUACUACUGCUACUAAGAUUUAAUGGUCAGUAUGGACGCAGAAAUUUUCUUGGUGUAAGCUAAUGGACAAAAAAAUAUACAACAGCAGCUUUAAACGAAAGCUUAGGUAAGCUAUACACAUACAUGUAUAGCAUGUGAUUUAGCUUAUGUACUGAAUCACUCGAACUGGCGACUAAGAAUUCUUCAUUCGUAGAACAAACCUCUGUGUUUUUUUCUUCAAGGUUAAUAACAGGCGGCCAUCGAAGUACGAAGUCUUUAUUGACGACAAGACUACGUGGAUAAGUGACAGGUUCUUCACUCAACAGCGUCUGGCAGGAAUCAACCCUAUGUCACUGAGACGAGUGACUCUCAAAGCUGGUAAAACUUCCUUUACGAAUGGUGUCGCUAGAAGAACAAUUACCAUCUUUCAAGUUACAGAAAAACAUUGAUAACUUUUUUUAGCCACUUUUCAACUUUGGAUCGUACUCGAUAGGUUUUUUCAAACGCUGGCUCUUUGCCGGCUCUUACACUUUCUUUCAGCAGUAAUGAUAUGGAAAGAACAAUGUAAAUAACUGUCAUCCAUCUUCUAGUGAUUAUGGGAAGAAAACUGAUAUUGAUUAUGAUUAUAUGGAUGAAAGUGAUGGUAAUGAUGAUGAUGAUGAUGAUGAUAAAGGGUAAUCAUUAUGAUGAUAAUAGUCAUAUUGAAUAUAAUGAUAAUAAUGACGAUGAUGAUGAUGAUGAUGAUGAUGACGGUGGUGAUGAUGAUGAUGAUAACAAUAAUAACAAGACAGGAACGAAUACAAAUAAAAAUAAGUGUGCACAUGUCCUACAUUGUUUUCUUUCAAUCAUUCCUUUAUCCUCGUCCAGGUUCAGUAGGGUUGGAUUGGGACACACUCAAUAAAACACUGAAUCCAGAAUUUGACUGGGAAGGUGCUGUUCAAAAAGCUUUGGAAACCAAUCACACGUUAGAAGAGGUAUUAUUACCGUCCAAAACAUAAAAGCCAAAGGCUUUAAAAUACAACUUCUUAAGCCGCACCAGUUCGAAGGAAAGUUUCUUAUUAAAGCGCUUAACUUUAGAACAAAGGUAUUAUAAUUUUUAUUUUUUUGUAAAUUAAGCCGACUAAUUGCGUGGGGGGACACAGACUAAGUCCAGAACUGUCGCUUAACUAGUGGGUUUGGAGAAAAGCUCCAUUCUAAAGUUCAGUUUUGAUAUUUAUUUCUCUAUUCAUUUACUAAUUUGUCUAAUUAUUUAUAAAUUUUAAUCAAUUUAUUUAUCUAUCUUUUGUUUUCAGGCCAUUUAUCAGGGUCGAGUCUACGUUCUUCGUUACGAGUUGUGUGACGACCUACCCAGAGAAGAAGUGGACCUUACUGACAAUGAUCCCAAGAGGAAAAUGUGGGACACACUCUCUCCCAUUGCUCUGUUUGCGUCUAAGCAAGAUUUCCUGACAAAAACCAAUGAUCUUGUCCCUGUAGCCAUCCAAAUGGACUACACUCCAGGUUCAGUGUAUUAAAGAUUUAGGAAGUUAAUAUUUACUAAACAUUACCUUUCCGCCAUAAUCUUGUUAGCCUUGUUUCGCCGUGCUUCGGAAAUCGAAUAGUUUGGGCAAUGUGAUCAUUUUAUAUUUCCUUUUUUUUUAAACGACUAAACUGCUGGCCAAGUAGUCAUGGGAUUAUUUCUGAGUCAGGUAAAAAUCACUUUGAGGGAAAAAAGCAGGUCAAAAUAGCCUGAAAAGAACGAAAUUAUAGGAAAGAGGAACUCAGUCAACGAAAAAAAAAAUAUCUGCUGUCUGAUUUAAACUGUCUGUUAAGUUGGGAUGAAUCACAGUAUGAAGCAUAGGUACAUAGUAAUAAAUCUAGUACCGUUUUGCAAAUAGUAAAUGAAAUAACCAGUUGGCUGAGCUAACAUCUUUUCCUCAUCAGAUUCAUCCGUAUACACUCCUGAGGAUGAUGACAACUGGAUGUUGGCCAAAUUGAAUGUCCAGGUUACAGAUCUCGGAUAUGCACAAAUUGUGGAGCAUCUUGGCAAGGUAUGUCACAACUAGAAAUUUUUUAUAGGCACUCCUGGGAAUUCCACGGGUGCCUUCGAUUUAAUGCAAAAAAUAGGAUCGGAAAAGGCAAUUGUUCGAUGAAAUCCGGCUGAAUUGUGGCGUAUUGCGAAAGAAAGAGCUCGAAGCUUUUGUUGAAACUUUUUAAUUUGCUGAGCUGAGUUUGAAAUGAUGAACAAUUUACGGCAGCAAAGGGAUUGCCCGAAAUGGCGACAAGGGCAAAACAACUGAACUGCUUCACCCAGAACAUCGGGAGAAUGCAAGAGCAAUCGUUAAACGGAUCACUAGAACAGUGAGCAUUGUAAAUGUUGAGGUUUGCUCCGCUGAGAUGACCGUAGAUCGCUUUUGUGGUGAACGAGCGUACGCUCCUCACGCAAGCUUUUCAAUACUCUUUUAUCGACAUCUUCACAAAAAUAAAGCUCGUUUUUUCAGAAACGCAGACAGCUCAUGUGUUGUUUCCUUUCGCUGAUUUUUACAUUUACAGUGUAAUUACUUCGUCUGUGAUGAAUGAAGCGCCAUUUAUUAAAGAGUUCAUUAGGUCGAGAGACACUUGUUUAUUUCGCUACUCGAGUGCUGUAUUUUCAUCGGCAGUUUGACGGAAACGUUUCUUUACUUGCAAUUUACUAGCAUUUUAAACACCACUGUGAUUAAUGAUUGUCUCCACGUAGUCCAUCUUUAUUUUAGACAAAUAGCUCGUUUUCUUUUCGUUGACUUUAGGUCAAAUUCUUCAAGAUAACGCCGAAGCAAAAAUUAGUAAAAUUUACUCGCCAAUUUUCAAUCACCGUGCUCUAUUUAACAAAUAGAUUCCAAGUUGCCGAGUGUCUGUUCAGUAAUAGAUCACAGAUAACGUCAAAAUGUGGUAAGAACAAAAAAGUGGCACACGAGGCGCAGCCGAGUGUGUCACUGAUGUUCUUACCACAUUUUGACAUCCUCUGUGAUCUAUUACUGAACAGACGCACAGCAACUUGGAAUCUAUUUGUUUUAUAUAAUAAAGAGUUUUAAAAAAAUUUUAAUGAUGACGUCAUCUAUUCGUCUGUCCUCCAAUAGAUCAUAAGUGAGAACCAAUCAGAAUUCGUGCAUAACUGAGCUUAUUAUAUAAACUCUCAUAGAGCACGCUAUUUCAACCAAUCAGACCGCGCGUUAUAUCGAAAAUUUCUUAUAGAUAUGUUUUAAAGUAGUUAUACCACACGACGUUGAACCAUAAUGCUUGUCUUACAAGGUUCAUUUUUUGAUGGAGCCAUUUUGCGUGGUAUUGAAACGCACCCUGUCGUCCUCUCAUCCACUUCAUCAAAUUUUAAAGUAUCACUGCAGGGACGUGACAGUCCCAAAUACCAUUGGUGCUCCAAAACUUGUUGGCGAAGGAGAGUUUAUGGAUCAGCUGUUUGCAUUUGGAAAUAAUGGAACCACCCGACUUCUUAGAGAAGCACAUAAUUUAAGCACAUGGGAUGUCACAGAUUUUAGAAACGAAAUAAAGGUAUGUGAUGCGUCGGUUUUCCCCUUAACGUUUCAACCUAUAAAAAUUCAAAACAUUUCGGUCAACCAAAACACUUUUUCAGGCUUAAAAAGACAUAUAAAUGUAUUCCUAUUGACCACAAUAUUCAGACUAUAUAUUCGCAUGAAGAAUAGACAGUCAACCCUUUUCUCCAACAAAAGAGCCUAAGCAGAAGAAAAAAUUGAACUCAUAUAUUUUCAUGCAGUCCUUUAAUAAACUUGUACCUAAUACUUCUUUUCUUUUCCCCUUUUUAUCAAGCCUUCUUCUGCCGCCCCUUUUUGUUCACAUUCGGUUACACACAUGUACGUUGGAGCCUUAAAUCAUACCAAAUGAAUACGACAUCUUCGAUCGAGUAUUUUACUCGAAAAGCGUUCACAGAUAAUGUACUACACGUCUCAAAUCAAAAUGCAAGUUGAAACGGUGAUCCAUAUAUAGUACUCCAGUCUCCAUUAUUUCUAAUGGCGUCUUUGACAUGAUGACCUUACCUGAAUUAUUGUUUAAAAGGAAGGAAAGAACUGCAGCGACAUAAAUAGAACAAAAAUGAAUUCUGUUUUAUUUAACUAUAACUCGAGCAUAGCAAGAAUAGUCUGUACGAAUAGGCCUACGAACCCGGUGCAUGCGCUUGCAAAGUAAUUUUAAAAGGAGCAAUUUUGUGGAAACACAUAGCUUGGAAAUUGAGUAUGUUGUGCUGUAAUACAUUUACAAUCAAGUGUGGACUUUUUUCAUUUCUUUUGGAUGAAUAGAAACGCGGAGUCGAUGACAAGAAGCUUCUUCCGUACUAUCCUUACCGUGAUGAUGGAGAGCAAAUUUUGAAAAUUAUCGAAAAUAUGGUGAAGGGUUACGUCGACUUGUAAGUAUUACUUCACGGGAAAAUACUGGAAAAAAUUGUAGCUCUGAACUAACUCCUAGUUAUCAAGACCAACUCACUAAGAACACUAGUUAGUUAAAUAAUGUUAGCCCAUCUACCUUGGGUGUUGGGAUAACAGCAACAACACAGUUCCGCCGAAAAGGGCUAAACCUCGUGACACCAGCUUUCCUAAGCUCGCCAUGGCAGUUCACGUCGACUAUUUUAAAACUAUAUAUUUUACAUGCCUGUCGACGCAGCACUGCAGCGCCUUAAAAAGUUAGCUUUCUAAGGUAUUUUUAUACCGAGUAUGAUUCUUGCGUUAGAGUGAUACUGUGUCCGAUGUCCAAUGUCCCCAAUGAGUAGUCAAACCUUAGACCUUCUGAUUUCUGGUCGAGUGCACAACCAGAGAGCAACAGAUAGCUCGUGGCAGGAUAUGCCUUUGUGUACUAGGUACAGGUUUAAAACACUAACUUUGGACUCUCCUUUAGAAGGUAAUGUUUGUAGUUGCAAAAGCAGCCAGGGCGUCGAUGAUGACUUCUAGUCUUGGCAUACAAUCAUUCCAUCUAUGUAUAUCCAAUUUAGUGGUGAUUUUUUCAAUUGUCUCCACAAAAAGCACUAAUUGUAACUUAGAAAACACCUUGUAGGGAAUGUCAGUAAACGUUUUGCAUUGUACUGUUUUCUCAGGUAUUAUUACGGCAAUGAGGAUGUUAAAAAGGAUUAUGAGUUUGGAUCAUUCCUCCGUGAAUUGUCUAUUCAUUCAUUUCCGAUUUUUUACGGCGGCUAUGGGAAAGUAAGUGUAAAAAAGUCUGAUUGUUAUAGUGGUUUGUUUUUUGCUGUCUUUGGUUUUAUAUAUCUACAAUUCGUCUGCUUAAAUAUCUUGAUCUUCGACCAGUGAUGGAGGGAUAUAUGGCGUGCACUGUGUAACUUCGAGUACCUGCUGUUGUCAGCUUAGUUUUUGGCGUCUGAAUCAUCGAUUAUAGUAACGUUACCGUCUUAGGCCGACGGACGUCCAUUCCUCUCCCAAGGGUUUUCUUUAUAGAUAACAUUGUGUUACAUUUAACAUUUUUAAAUCAUUAAAACUUAAAUAGAUAGCCUGUGAUGAGGCACAACUGUAAACAUUCUGGGUUACGGCGAUGCUGGGGCGAGGCGUUAUCGAAGACGGUCGCCAUGUUGGAAUUUUCCGAAAAGAUACAGAUUCUAUUAAAGCAAAAGAAUUUGGCCCGAUGCGACCUUGUUUAACGAUUUGUUUCCUUUUAACACAUUUUCCAACUAACUUAGAAAACGAAAACAAAACACAAAACAAACAGACAAAACAAACUUAAUACUGGACAUCAAUCACUUAAACACUGAAAUCCGUUAUAAGUUCGCAAUGCUAUAUAAAAUGCUUUAUUCUGCGUUUUAACAGAUCAAAGGAUUACCCUCAAAGAUUGCGACUAAAGAUGAGCUCUGUGACAUUGUGACCCGCAUUAUCUCACAACUGAGCGUCCAACACGCUGCUGUAAACUAUCCCCUGACAGACUAUGGUCUGUACACUCCCAACCUACCAACCAAACUGUACAACGAUACCAGGGUGAAGGAAGGCGAAUACUCUGUACUACGUCUGCCAAACAGAAACACUUCCUCUGUAAGUUGUGCGACCAUAUUGAACACCUAUACGCUGGAUAUGGCAUGAUCACAGGUUUAAUCAUGUGAAUUUAGCUUGUGCCGUUUGAGAAAUUUUCAACUGAGUGUCGAAAGUAAUCCGAGAUUGCAUUGGUUUUGCUUUACUGUGUGCUGUGAUUGGUCUAGAAAACUCGUGCCACCCUCUCAGCCAAUCAGAUGCAAAACUAAAAAAAAUCGCGACUUGGUCACUCGUACGUUUGAAUUUCGUGAGUCUGGACUAAAUCAUUAUUUAGUUUGAAUUUCGUGAGUCUGGACUAAAUCAUUAUUUAGUUUGAAUUUCGUGAGUCUGGGACUAAAUCAUUAUUUAGCUCCUUCCUUGACCUCCCCCAACACAAUGUACUCAGGGGUAUAUUGGAAAUGCAUUGUACACAACGUUUUUCCAAACAGACAAAAUGAAUAAGGUGGAAGGGGAGAACGUGUCUGUUACAGUUUAUGAGCUCUCUACGGUAGUGUAAACAUCUGCUUCGAGGGGCAAUUUUCCUUCAGGGUAUUUUUGGCGUUUCUGUUUUCCUUAGACAUUCUGUUCAUACGUAGUGAUGUGACUCUGUCGGAAUGUACGCCAGUUAUGGCUGUGGCACGCCGAGCUGCCGUCAGUCAGUGGCUGAUUUAGAAAUUUACCCAAGGAGCCAGAUAGGCAAACAGUGUUUAAACCUACACGCCCGUCAAUCAUGCAUUGGGAGUCAGCAAUUAACACCUAUCUCAGGCAGUCAGUAAACGCAAUCAACCUUUAUGCCAGUCGGUUAGUCAGGCAGGCACUCCGGUAGCAAAUAAUUUAUUGAAUUAGUGCGUUCGUACUCCACUGAUUUAAAAAGCCAUGAUACACUUGAUAGAAAGACGGUGAGUAGAACAUUGAUUAAGUUUGAACAUCAGAUAGUCAAAACUAAUUUUUUUUCUAUUUUCACUCCACAGAUCGAAGCCAGCUUUAGUAACAUCCUUUCGCUGUUCCGCUUUGACUCCUUGUUUGACUACGGCAACGAACUUCUUGAUCCUCAGGCCAUCAAACUCGUCAAUGGUUAUUACACUUACCUCAUGAAUGUUAUUCAGCCUCACAUGCAAGAAAAGAACCGAAAGAGGAAGGAAGAUAAUUAUUUGACCUAUCCGUACUUGAUUCCGAGAUGGCUGCCAAAUGGAGUUCAAACCUGA